AUGUAUGUGGCGGGUAAGCAAGAAGCCUGGACACGUCAAGCAAAAUGGCAAGAUCGUGGCCUCGCCCUGGCCACCAAGGUCUAUCCCUACGAGCCGGGUGUGCACAAGCCAGACAGGCUGAGGGAACACUUCACCACCAGCUUGAACGAGUUGGGUGCCGAUUGUGUCGACAUCUUCUAUCUGCACGCACCCGACCAUUCCGUGCCCUUUGAAGAGACGCUCGAGGCUGUCAACGAGCUGCACAAGGCCGGCAAGUUUGUCAACCUGGGCCUGUCCAAUUAUGCGGCCUGGGAGGUUGCCGAAAUCUACAACAUUUGCAAGGAGCGUGGUUGGGUCAAGCCGACCAUCUAUCAAGCCAUGUACAACGCCAUCACCCGUGCCAUCGAGCCUGAACUCAUCCCCGCAUGCCGCAAAUACGGUCUGGACAUUGUAGUCUACAACCCGCUCGCUGGCGGCCUCUUCUCCGGUAAAAUCAAGUCUGCAGCCAUCCAACCCACCGAAGGUCGCUUUGGCACAAAGGCCGAGAAAACAGGCCAAAUGUACCGCGAUCGCUACUUCAAAGAAGCCACUUUCAACGCACUCAAAAUUGUCGAGGAAGCAGCUGAAGCGCACAACCUGACACUGUUGGAGAUCGCCUUGCGCUGGGCCGUGCACCACUCCGCAUUGCGGACCAGAGUCAAAGGUGGGAAUGAUGGCGUCAUCAUUGGUGUCAGCAGCUUUGCGCAGUUGGAGAGCAAUCUGGCGGAUUUGGAAAAGGGGCCGUUGCCUGAAGAGGUUGUCAAGGCGUUGGACAAGGCCUGGUUGACGGCAAAGGCUACGGCGCCAACUUACUUUCGUUGA